AUCUGCAAAAUGUAAAACAUACACAUAAAUACAUAUAAUUUCAUUAUCUUAUCAUCCCCCCAAACAGAGUUGUUGAGCUAUUUCCACCCAAUAAUUCAAACAUUUCAAUAUUCUUAAGUCAUCUUCACCAUCUAUUCAAAAUCCAAUCCCCUCAGCCAUUCCUUACAAAAGCAGUCUCCUCCUCCAUUUCCUCGUCUAAUCCCUCACUUUUCUCUUCCAAGUCAUAGUUAGCUAUGUUUGGUAAUCUUCACAACAAACUUAUAAAUAUAUAAAUCUGCUGCUCCCAAUCUUAUUCUCUUCAUAACUUAACCUCCAUGGCGAUAACCAGAUACUCAACCUCCAUUAAUCCUAUCUUCUUCUUCUUCUUCCUGUUCUUCUUCUUCUUCUUCUUCUUCUUUACUUCAGCUGUAAAUGGCCAGCAGAUCUCUACAGCAUGUACAAGUUCGCUAAUUAGCACCUUUACUCCCUGCUUCAAUUUUCUCACAGGAAGCACUAAUGGAGGAGGUCAAUCUGGUGAUUGCUGCAGCUCUCUGGCUUCUCUUGUCAGCAAUAGUGUGCAGUGUGCAUGCCUUAUACUUACAGGAAAUGUGCCCUUAACUUUGCCAUUUAAUAAAACUAUUUCCAUUUCAUUGACACAACUUUGUGGAAGAAGAUCCGUUCCUCUUCAAUGUAGCACUGCUGUUGGAGCUCCUCUUCCAGGCCCAGGGCCAGUCAGCUAUGCUCCUUCGCUUCCUCCGCUCCCCCCACAGCCCCCUCUUCCUUCUGUUAACGUGGACUCACCACCGCCGCCCAUUACUACAUCAUCACAAACACCAUCUGCGAUAGCAUCUCCACCGUCCAUUAACGACACUCCAGAGAAUCAACGGCCAUUGAUUCUCCCUAAUUCAGCUGCAAAGAUCUCAAUGGUGCACUCCUUGUCAAUCUUGCUGAUCUCUAUGGUGGCACUCAAAUAUUUAUUCUAA